AUGGAGGCCUCUAAACUUGGAUUUGGUGUGGCUAUCGGAAGGUUUGAUAAUUGUUCGGAUAGAAGAUGCACUUUUGUGACAAUGAUAUGUGAAAGAAACGGGAAAUAUAGAACUCCUCUCUGGAAUAUUAAAAGAGACGACACUGGAUAUAGAAAAUGUGAGUAUUUCAUUCAAGUUGGUCAUCCUAGUGUGUGUCGGCUCAUGCCGGAAGAGAAGGAAUGUGUUGCUGACAUGACCUUGAAUCUGGUUCAACCGAAAAAUAUAGUUGCAACAUUGAAAUGGAAACGGCCCGAAAAUAUAUCAAAUAUCAAACAAGUGUAUAAUAUUUGGUACCUAACUAACAAGUUAGAUGAUAACAAUUACAUGUCUAUGUACCGAACGUGCGAGGAUGUAGUUACUGUUAGAGAUAUAUUUUGGACUCAUCCUAAUUCCAUAAAGUUGUUCAACAUGUUUCCUACGGUGCUCAUACUUGAUUCAACCUACAAGACCAACAAGUAUAGACUUACAUUAUUGGAGAUGGUCGGUGUUACCUCAACUGAGAAGACAUAUUCUGUUGGUUUUGCAUUUCUUGAGUGUAAAAAAGAGGACAAUUUUACUUGGGCCUUAGAGGUGUGUUGGACAUUGUUGAAUGACCAAGGUGAUAUUCCUAAAGCGUUUGUUACCGACCGCGAUGCCGUAUUAAUGAAUUUGGUUGCAAAUGUAUUUCCUUAUUCUAAUGCAUUACUUUGUAGGUAUCACAUAACAAAGAAUGUGAGAAGUCGGGUUAAACCCGCGAUAGGGACGAAUUAG